UUGCCCUAUCGUCCGGCAUACGCUACUGCUCCGAUCUGACAUCUUUCUUUUCUGCUGGUACCACGUUUUACACAAGUUGUGGUUCGGACAAAAUGUACAACUCCGUGUCGAAGAAACGCCGGUUCGUUGCCAAUGGCAUGUUCCGUGCUGAACUGAACGAGUUCCUGACUCGUGAGCUGGCUGAGGAUGGAUACUCCGGUGUGGAGGUCCGUGUUACCCCAACCCGCACGGAAAUCAUCAUCAUGGCCACCCGCACCCAAAACGUGCUGGGUGAGAAGGGUCGUCGCAUCCGUGAGCUGACGGCUGUCGUCCAGAAGCGUUUCGAAUUCGCUCCCGGUACCGUUGAGCUGUACGCCGAGAAGGUGGCCACCCGUGGUCUGUGCGCCAUCGCCCAGGCUGAAUCGCUGCGCUACAAACUGAUCGGUGGUCUGGCUGUGCGCCGUGCCUGCUACGGUGUGCUGCGAUUCAUCAUGGAGUCCGGUGCCAAGGGUUGCGAGGUCGUCGUGUCGGGCAAGCUGCGCGGUCAGCGUGCCAAGUCGAUGAAGUUCGUCGACGGUCUUAUGAUCCAUUCCGGAGACCCGGUGAACGACUACGUCGACUCGGCCACCCGUCACGUCCUGCUGCGCCAGGGAGUGCUCGGUAUCAAGGUGAAGAUCAUGCUUCCGUGGGAUCCGAAUGGCAAGAUUGGACCGAAGAAGCCCCUGCCCGACAACGUGUCCGUGGUGGAGCCGAAGGAGGAGAUCAUGUACUCGAUGCCGCGCAGCGAACCCAAGUUCAAGGUUGCCGAGCUCAACGAAGUCCCCGCGGAGGUGGUGGCCGAGGCGUGAGUGAGUGCUGCUGUGCAAACAUUCGGAGCGCGUGAAGAGGAGCAGUGUCGUUAAGAGAAAGGCUGGUGCGUCAGCUUUGCGUUUAUUUCCUUUUAUUCCUCGUACGAUGGGAAAGAGGGAGGACUAAGAUUGAAGUAUGAAAAUACAUUAAGCAGACGGAUCGGAAAGACCAACAGAGAACCGUUUGGAGAGUACACAA